AUGUCCGACGUGGCGUCUAACGUUCGACCUGGUAGCACUACAAUUUUUGGAGUUCUCGCCGUUGGGCACCCGCCUGAACUAGAGGUCGGUGCCGACGCGAGCGAGUUGUUAGGCCACUCGUACGCUCGGUCCAAACUGGGCUCGCCCAGCAUCGAGCAACAUGCCCCGAGCCAUGUCGAGAAGGGCACGACAACCACGAGGGCUCGAGCCAGGUCUGCCUGGAGGCGUCUGGAGGCGGCGAGGAGCCUUAUAAGAAGCAAAGUGGCGGCAGCACCUCAAUGCUUGCCCCACGUAAAUUGCAUCACCUAG